CUGCUGCUGACGCCUUCGCCUCGCCGCCGGAUGCAACUGAAGGUGCGCACUAUCCUAAACCUCGUCCAUUGCGCUCUGUGACUUCUGCUGGGAAAGAGACUUUCUAUCUUUCCAGCGAGGAGUCAGUAGGGUCUUCGAAUGGCGAGUUAAGUUCGUUGCCUAAAAUCUUUGCAGGUGUGUUGCGCGAUCUGGGGGUUGACCCAGAGGAGAAGAAGAAGAAACCUUCGAAGAAGAAAAAGAAGGCGGAUGUUGAAGUGACCAGCAAGGGUCCUGGCGCCAGUCGCGCAACUACUGCUGCUGUCAAAGGUACGCUUCGCCUCCGGCAACGUGACUUAGACGAUUACGUGAUAAUCAGUGACUCUUAUGAAGGUUUAUCAUAUGCAGCUAUGGGAAAGACUGGCGCUGGUGGGUCAAAGGGCUCUGGGAGCGCGGGUUCUCGUAACCCGGAUGCUGACGCAACUCCAUCUCAACCUGAGGAUGAAGAAGAAGAGGAAGAAGAGACUGCCCCGUUGAUUGGAAGAAAGAGGGGUAGAAGCGAGGCGACAACUGGUAUGGCCUCUGCGCCUGUUUCAGUUGUUAUUCCCGUUGUUGGGAAGAAGAGCAAGUUGCGCUCGUUAUACCAGUUUUCUCCUGGUAUGCUCUUAUCUCCCUUCUUUAUAAUUUAACCUCUUUUUUGCUCAAGUGCGUUUGCUUUAUUCUUGUAGAGAUCAAGAAGAAGACCCCUGAAAAGGGGGUUAAGUUUGUUGAACCCAGCACGAAAAGACCUAAGGUUGCCACUGAACCUUCCGAUUCUGCUGCGCGUGAUGCUGCGAAAACUGCUGAAGCGCAGCAAAAGGCAGAAGAGGAUCGGAGGAAAGAAGAGAGUAGGAUUGCUGCGCAGAAGAAGGCUGAAGAGCUAAAGCGCAAAGAAGAGGAAGAGAAAAAGAGGAAGGAGGAGGAGGAGAGAAAGCUGGAGGCGGAGAGGAAGAGAAAGCGGAAGAGGAGAGAAAGCUGAGGGAGGAGGCGGAUAGGCAGAGGAAGGCGGAAGAGGCGAGGAAAGAAAGAGCUGCCGAUCAGUCUUCUGUUCAAGGCAGUCUGGUGUCCCAAAACCUCCCCCCGCUGCGCCGAUUGUUACUUCUAAGGGGUUAGGGCGCUAUGUGUCUAGUGGUGCAAGCUCUGGAGGAGCUGGGGGCUAUAACCCCAAUGUGAUAGGUGCGAAGGAUACCGUCGGGGAUAUAUAUUAUAAAACUUAUACUGAAGAGGAACGUGGUGAUGCUCCUCAUCAAGCCCCUUGGAGCUUAAGGCAGAAGGAUACGUUUGUUGAAUUUGGUCCUUCUCGCGAUUGGUACUUGAACCAAUUCACUCCUGGCGAAGUUAACCGUCAAAAGGCGAAGCCGCAUGAAAUGUUGUACCGCACUUACAUUCUUGCCGAGGCCAACGCUCGAUCUGCUAACCAUCAGAUAGUUCGUGAAUGGCGAACAAUGGUCAGAGAGCGCGCCGACUGGGAGGCUUACCGAGAACGUGUGCUAAAACGUGUUGGUGAAUUUGAGAAGGCUAAGGCCACAUUUGAUGAGGAGAAAGCCAAGUUUGAGGCUGAUAGGAAAGCUGAAGAGUGGGGUCGCGAGGGCCUGCAAAAGAAACUUCAUAAUGUGGAAGAGCAACUGGCCAAGGAGAAGGCCGAGUUCAAGCGCAUCUGCGCCCAGGACAAACGAGCGCGCCUAUGCGGCUCGACAAAAAAUUGUUGGUCUUGAGGCUAAGAUAGCGGAGCUGACAUCGAAGGUGGAGGAAGCGCAGGUUGAGACAGCCGCUAAACAACAGAUGGAGGUUGAGUUGUCUGAAGCUAAGGUUCAGCUGUCCACCAAGGACAAAGAUCUCCAGGCCAAGGACGUUGAGAUUGCGGAACUCAAACGUCGCUUGGAUGAACAAAUCGACAGAUGUGAGUCCCUGGAGAUCGACCUUGAGGCAGAGAAGGUCAAGGCCAUCGAUGCUGAGGAGGCGCGUGCUGUCAGCACUGCGGCGCUUAACGUGGCUCAGACAAAUUAUUCUGAGGCCCAAGGCAUUGUGGACACGCUUGUUUCUGAAGCAGAAUGGAUGCGCACUCGGGAAUAG